AUGGCGGACUUUUAUCUUCGAUAUUAUGUAGGCCAUAAAGGGAAAUUUGGCCAUGAAUUUCUUGAAUUCGAAUUUAGACCCAAUGGACUGCUACGCUAUGCCAACAAUUCUAAUUAUAAGAAUGAUACGAUGAUUCGUAAGGAAGUGUUUAGUCAUCGCUCGGUGAUGGACGAGUUGAAACGGAUCGUGGAAGAUAGCGAAGUCUUGCGCGAAGAUGAUUCCCUAUGGCCGCCACCAGAUCGUAUUGGACGUCAAGAAUUAGAAAUUGUCAGUGGUGAUGAUCAUAUAUGCUUUACAACCAGCAAAAUUGGUUCACUCAUUGAUGUAAAUAACUGCAAAGAUCCUGAUGGCUUACGCGGCUUUUACUAUUUGGUUCAAGAUCUCAAGUGUUUAGUCUUUUCACUCAUUGGCCUUCACUUCAAAAUUAAACCCAUCUAA